CGUCGAGCAUCCCUCUUGUGUUCCUGAUGCCCAGUGGCAUUUUACGGCUUGGAAUCGCAAAACAAAAACAAUAGUCACCUUGACACCUAUUUCGAUGGCUUCGCCAUUGUGUUCUGACACAUAAAUAGCCAUCGACACUCUCCUCUCUCUAUUCACCCACCGGACUCAUGGAGUGGCCUCUCUGUCAAGAACUCAGCGACCUCGUUGUCGAUGCUCUUGUUGAACAGGGCCAAAUACUUCGCAACGCGGCUCUCCUCUCACGGCAGACUCUCCUUCGUACUCGUUACCACCGUUUCAAGCAUGUCGUCUUACGCAGCUCCCGCGAUUACGAUAAGUUCUCCGAUCUCUGCACCAUCUCAAAGACCGUUGGGCUAUUCGUUGAUAGUUUGGAGAUUUACGGGUCAAAACAAGAUCAAGCUGCCACUCAUGCCAGUGUGCUCGAGCGUCUUCUCGAAUUGGUCGUCUCUGCCAGAGUAGUCCACUUCGUGAGAAUCCCUUGGGGCCACCUCUCAUUCAUUGGAAAGUCCAAGGAGAAGCGCUACAAAUUUUCUACGGUUUAUCUCCGUGACACAGUUGUCGCGUCGUACCACGCAUUGGCUUCCUUCAUCGAGGCUUUUCCCAAACUAUACGCAUUGGCCUUGUUGUCCGUAUCUUUGGGUAGAUAUGACAGCGUGUCCGACUUGCAGGAGGCUGGAAGCACCUCCAUAAUCCCCCGCAUCCGCAUACUCGAGUUCGAGGACUGCAAGGGUAUACUUGUGCCCCUCGCUAACGAUAUCGCUCAGAAUUCAGCCCCGUUGUCUGUACGACGUCUCCGCAUUCUCCGUAUCUUGUCUGUCCAGCAAGCUAGCGAUUUGAAUUCCAUCAAGACUAUCUUGGAGAAAUCGGGUGGCUUGGUCCAAAAGCUUCGAGUGGGUAUUAUCAAAGCAGAUACUGACAAACUACCCAUUUUUCUCUUUCCGCCCUUUGUAAACCAUCUUCAUCUCAGCUUAUACGACUUCGACGUUAUCAACGAAACGGAUGUCUUACGAUGGUGGAUCAAAUGCUUCUCCUGCCAGGACAUCAAGCUAUCCAAUAUCCACAUUUCCCUGUCAGCCUACCCUCACUAUCCUCACUUGCACCGCAUUUCUGGUCUGUAUGACAUUGAGACUACGCUCAGGAACCCUCCCAGGUUAUUUCAUCUCGCCAAAAAGGAGCUAUGGUCCGAGCUGGAUAAAGCUCUAGCUCAGAUUCAAGGCCUAAAGGAAUUCGUGAUCAGACUUUCAACUGAGAGUGAUAAGGUGGACCUGGAACUGCUGACGGACGCGAUUGAUAAAGGGAUGCCUCGGAUGCGAGAUCAAGGUCUUCUGGAGUUUACGACGAAGCGAGGUUGGAGGUAG